CGUUCUCUCCUGCCGUCUCUUGUGCUCUCAUUUUUCUUUCGAAUUUUGGCCUCGCGGGUUGGUUUUUGUCGGUGCUCCGCGUAUUUGAGACCGGUGUUGUUUAAUUGUGCGCGCCUGAUAACUGCGAUAAUUCGAGCGCCAUGUGCAGAGGGUCCUUGCACAGGAGUGGAAAUUGGAAAAGUGCAUGAAUCGAGAAUAUCGAGGAACAACGGGUGUUUUCUGUUCUUGUUUUACCCUGUGCGCGAAAGCCGAUCAACGGUUCUUGAAGAAGCAGACGACCCGGAUAAAUUCGGGGGAAACGGCGUAAAGCGGAAUAGAUCAAAACAAAGUGCAUGCUAAAAACAAAAAAUAUCACCAUGUUCGAACUAGAGGAUUAUUCGAGCGGAAUACACGAGGGUUUCUUUAGCAAAUAUGCGGAUGCCGCUGGACCCUCGCUGGACUUUUAUGUAUCCGAUUCGAUGCAGGAGAUGCUGGACGUGGACAUUCGCGCAGAGAUCGCCAAUGUGGUGGGCAGUUCUGGCAGCGAUCUCACCUCGUCCCUGGAUCAAACCCUGGAGGCUAUAUCCGCAAUAAAUAACAACCAGUCAAGUGCAAACAGCUCGCUUCCGGUUUCGUACAAUGCCAAUGCGAACUUCCUGACCAGCAGCGCCCUCCAUGCCUCGCCCACCGCCAAAUGGAUGGGUUCGUCGUCCAGUUUUUGGUCCAACAGCGACUACUAUGCGGAUCUGGGGGCGUGUGUUAACCCGAUUUCCGUGAUGCCACUGAUAACCUCGUCCGGCGGAUCUGGAUUGACCUCGCCAAAGCGAAACAAGACAGUCACUUGCACGCAGGGCAGAUCGGGAGCGGUGCCCUCGUCCCCCGGCGCCGAAAGGGAUCAGCACAAGUCCCAUUUGACCUUCUCACCGGCCCAGAUGAAGGUCAGUGCAGGCUCGAUGCGACGAGAGCAGGUUAUGGCCCACAUUCCCAAGCAAAUAUCCGUGGUUACGGGCACAGGAACCACUGCACCUGCCACAAUGGCCACGAAUUCGGUCCUUCAACGGCGGAAUUCCUCGGCAGUGGACGCAGUUCGCAAGGAUCUGGGCUCAGAGCUGCGCCGGGCCCAAUCCAGUCCAGUUCCCAACUCCGUAGAUGAGCUGGGCAAGGGUAAGGGAUCCACACUGCUCACCGCGGGAGGUGGCGCCACCAAUACCAUUAAAUUGGCACCUGGCAUUGGCGGGCUGACCUUUGCCAACAGUGUUGCCUACCAGAAACUGAAGCAAACCACUUCCGUCAAGUCACCCGGAGGAGGAAUCUCGCCAGGAGUGGGUUCGAACGUCGGCCUCAAACGCGAGGAGUCGAACAAGCGAGGACUGCAGGUCAGCACAACACCAAAGAGCAUCGCUUCAGCGGCCAACUCGCCGCACCAUCAAAUGCAGAGCAACUACAGCCUGGGAUCACCAUCGUCCAUGUCCUCAUCUUCGGCCUCUUCGCCGCUGGGAAAUGUGAGCAACCUGGUCAACAUAGCCAACAACAACUCAAAUGGUGUCGGCUUGGUGAAGCCGUUGCAGCAAAAGGUGAAGCUGCCGCCGGUGGGCAGUCCGUUUCCCAAGCCCGCCUACUCCUACUCCUGCCUCAUCGCGUUGGCUCUUAAGAAUUCGCGAGCCGGAUCACUGCCCGUUUCGGAAAUCUACAGUUUCCUCUGCCAGCACUUCCCGUACUUUGAGAACGCUCCCAGUGGCUGGAAGAACAGUGUCCGUCACAAUCUGUCGCUGAACAAGUGCUUCGAGAAGAUCGAGCGGCCAGCCACGAAUGGCAAUCAGCGGAAGGGCUGCCGCUGGGCCAUGAACCCGGAGCGGAUCAACAAGAUGGACGAGGAGGUGCAGAAGUGGUCGCGCAAGGACCCGGCUGCCAUACGUGGUGCCAUGGUCUAUCCACAGCAUCUGGAGUCACUGGAACGGGGAGAAAUGAAGCACGGAUCGGCCGACUCGGAUGUCGAACUGGACUCGCAGUCGGAGAUCGAGGAGUCCUCCGAUCUGGAGGAGCACGAGUUCGAGGACACCAUGGUGGAUGCCAUGCUGGUGGAGGAGGACGAUGAAGCCGGCGAGGUAGAGGAGGAAGAGGACGAUGAUGAGGAGCACAUGCUCAGCGAGUUCGAGGCGGAGGAGGAGCGUCAUUGCCGCGCCAAUGGCAACCAGUCAAAUAACCUGCCCAUCGAUCAUGCUCUGCUUGGCCAGAAAAGCGGCGACUUUGAUAUUGAGGUCGACGAGCUUUACGAUGCAAUCGACAUUGAAGACGACAAGGAGGCAGUGCGUCGAGCCAUCUCCAAUGUCCAAGCCCAGCACAUCAUCGAAUUGAACCCAGCCGAUCUGAACGCCAACGAUGGCUACGACCAGCAGCCGCAAUCGAAGCGGGCUCGCGUAGACAUCAACUAUGCAAUUGGGCCGGCCGGCGAGUUGGAGCAGCAGUAUGGCCAGAAGGUCAAGGUGCAGCAAGUCGCGCAGCCGCAGCAGCAUCCGCCCACUUAUAAUCGUCGCAAGAUGCCGCUGGUCAACCGCGUUAUCUAGAGCGGGGCACAGCCCACCUCCCCCCCUCCAAAAAAAAACCCAUUACUUUAAUCAUUUAGUGCUAGAACCUUCGUAUUUAAGAAACCCUUGCUACGCUUACACGUAAAAUUUAAGCCCAAAAGCACAUUCAAUAUCGAAUAUCAGUUUUCAGUUUUCGGUUUCAAAAUGUUAUUCAAUCCCCCUUUACUUGUAGUUCAGUUUCGGCUGCUGUUUGAUUUUAAAUCUCGUCUCGAGUCUGAGCCAGCUGAACAAAAAAAAAAGAAGCGGAGUGCUGGCCCCUUUUUCAUAAUUUCUUUUUAUAGUCGCUUCUCGAAUAAAUCCUAAUUAUUUAUGUUACACAAA